UAUGAAGCACACCCAACGGUGACGAAUGUGGAUGGCAUAAGGGAGAACAGAUGAAUUGGAGGGAGUUCCUGUUAGCGGACAACUACCGCGGACGCCGAUGGAUCACCUGCCGAGGUUACUGUCUAGAGGAGCAAACAAUGCAAACAUGCUCUUCCCCAUCAUAGCUUCCAGCCUCAGGCACACAGUGACCAAAGCACCAGCUCUGACUCUUCAGGUGUACGAUUGAUAUCAUGCUACAUCCCUCGGUUCCGCUCCUUCGUCCCCAAUGACAGGUGGCGUCAGCUCCGUGCAGAGAAAAUGGCAAAUAAUCGCGUCCCGAUUAACUACGUGACACCUGCAUUCCCGUCGCUCUACGAUCCUUUCCCCGGCCGCAGCAAUGUAGCCUACUACCUCUACCAUACCGGCGAUAUCUGGCGAUUCACACUAUACUGGACCCUGAUCUUCUACAUAUGCUGUUACUUGGCUGUUGCUGCCUGUGCACUUGUCAUGCAAGGUCGGGAUUGGAAGAUUUGUCUAGCAGUGCCUAUUGUGUAUGCCGUCAUCGGGGGGCUUGAAGCGGUUCUUGCAGGGAGUAUUGUGGGAGGCGUAAUAGGAUCCGUGUACGAAGCGGGGAAUUUUAGAAUGUCUACGUGGAUUCCGAUUAUUUGGGGCGGCGUCAAUCUUCUGGUUCUCAUACUAUCCAGUUUCCCGAUACCAGGUGGAUUAUGAAUAAUCGGUGGAUAUAUCAGAAACAAGACGCCGAAAAUGCAACUUCUGCUCCGACUAGGAACAAACAAGACGUGUCGAGAUGGUAUGAUACAUUCAA